CAAGAAGUGGCCCAACAGCCCAGAUCCAAGGACUCCAAGGAAGAGAAACAACUCCAGAACUGAAGAGCAAGGGGAGUGAGCAUCUGAGCGACAGAGCCGCCCGAGUGACCUAGCGGCGACGACGACGCCUCGUUCGCCGCCAUCCCUCCACCGCUCGCCGGCUCUUCGCCUCUGCCAGUCUUCCCCCACGGCCUUACUGCCUCGUUAUUCGACCCAAUUUUUUUCUUGCAAAGAGUUCCCAUUUUUUCUGGAUCGAGCCUGUUUUAGAGUGUUCAAAACUUUUCCGUAUCAUAGAAGGGAGGUGCUUGCUGAAACAAUAUGGCAAUGUUGAAGGAGAUCUUGACGCGGCGUCCCCUGGCAGCGACAAUCCGACUAAGGGUCGACGCUGGCGCUGCAAAACCUGGACCGCCAGUAGGCCCGGCUUUAGGACAAUACAAGCUGAACUCCAUGGCUUUCUGCAAGGAUUUCAAUGCCCGUACGCAGAAAUACAAGCCUGGAACGCCUAUGUCUGUUACAAUAACGGCUUUCAAGGAUGGGACCUUUGAAUUCUCGUUGAAAUCUCCGUCAGUCACUUGGUACCUGAAGCAGGCGGCGGGGGUGGAGAGUGGCAGCAGCCGCCCUGGUCACGUUACCGCCUCUACGAUAACCCUAAAGCAUGUAUAUGAAAUUGCAAAGGUCAAACAAAGUGAUCCCUUUUGCCAGUAUAUGUCUCUGGAGUCCAUUUCUAAGUCUAUUAUCGGCACUGCCAACUCAAUGGGGAUCAAGGUCCAGAAAGAGCUCGAUUAAGGUCCGUUCUGUGUACUUACUUUGCUGAUAUCGCACAUCUAAAAGGAGUAAUAUCAAAGUCUAUUUCAACCAAAUUAAUUGAAAAGCCACCUAUGCUGUUUAGAGGAGAUUAGGUCUACCACCAAAUGGAGCCUUAGUUUUUCUUGUCUUGAUUAGGCAGUGUUCAUUUCUUAAAUGAAAACAAAAGAGUGAGUUUAGUCAGUGAUUAUUUCUGGUUGUUUUGUUUUCCAGGUGCACUGGUUUGUGCGCAAUAAUGGAGUAUUGACUUAUGUUUUUGCAGUUAUUAAUCUGUAUGGAUUUCUUACACCUAUGCAGCUAUUUUACACACAGUUUUCAACUUGCAUGCUGUAUUUCUGUAUUUUCCCUGGGAAUUAUCUCUUUUAUUAUGUAGUAUACAUGUGUGUCUUUAGUUCAUCCAUUGUGUUAUCUAAUUGAUUCUUGAUAGAUCAAGCAUUAUAUCCUUG